AUGACUGAAAAUGUAGAGCAUUGUUCUACUGCUGUCAUUGAUGAAGAUAUAAAUGUAAGAAUUUUCAAAACACCCACUCAGCCUAUGCUUCCUAGGAUAUAUUAUAAUUCUAGAGGUGAUAAAGAGUAUAUCCCAGGUUGUUCUUUGGAAAACAAACCUAUUCUUGGAAUGAAAUUUGAUAGUCUUGGAGAUGGUAUUGCCUUUUAUUACAAAUAUGCUAAUGAGUGUGGAUUUAAAGUCCAUUCUAAUACUACUAAAGUAGAUAAGAAUAAGGUUGGUUCUAGUAAUGGUAAAGGAGUUACCGUAAUUAAAUAUUUAUUAUGUAGCAAAGAAGGGUAUGUGACAAAUAACAAGAAAGGUGAUAAACAAGUUGAAGGUGCAUGUUUAAGGAAAAAGACUGUGAAGAGAGUUGGAUAUCCUACUAAGAUUAAAUUUAGGUUUUGUAAUGGUGGGCAUUAUAUGGUUUACUCUUUUCAUGAGUCUCAUUCUCACCCUUUUCCUACACCUAUUACUAGGCAAGUUACUAAAUAUGAAGUUGGUUUAAAUUUUUCUCAUAAGAAGUUUAUUUUUGACAACUCAAAGUUAAAUAUAGGGGUUGUUAUGUCUUAUAGGAUCAUGAAAGAACUUUGUGGUGGGUUUAAAAAUGUCAAGGGCAGUAAAAAUGACUUCAAAAAUUUUUCUAGGGACUUGAAAGUUUAUAUCUCUAAUGUUGAUGGAUAUGAUGAUGCUAUUGGUAUAAGAGAUUAUCAAUUGUUUGGGGACUCUUUAUCUUUUGAUUCUACCUAUGAUACAAAUAAAUACUCAUUGGUUUUCUGGCCUUUUACUGGAGUUGAUAAUCAUAAGAGAUGUGUUACAUUUUGUGCUGCUUUAUUAUCUAAAGAAGAUGUAGAAUCUUUUAUGUGGAUAUUUCAAACUUUUUUGAAGUAUAUGGGAAGAGAACCCUUUUGCAUAAUCACUGAUCAAGACCCUACAAUGGGUAUUGCCAUACAAAAGGUUUUUACCAACACUAAACACGGGUUAUGUAUGUGGCACAUUAUGAGGAAGGUACCUGAAAAGGUUGGAACUCAGUUUUGUAAUGAAACUGAGUUUUUAAAAAAGCUAAGUGCAAUAGUUUGGGAUAGAGAAAUUGAUCCCCAUGCAUUUGUUGAUUGCUGGAAUAGUGUUAUGGAGGAAUUUGACCUUGUAGAUCAUGAGUGGUUUGCAUACAUGUUCAAGAUUAGGCAUCUUUGGAUCCCUACAUAUUUCAAGGACUUGUUUAUGGGUGGGUUACUGCGUUCUACUUCUAGGUCUGAAGGUGAAAACAGUUUCUUUUGUAAUUUUAUAAACCCCCAUGUGACUUGUGUUGAAUUCUUUGUCCGUUAUGAAACUGCUCUAGAUGCUCAAAGGCAUGAACAGGAUGAGUUGAACAGGCUUAAUAAAUCUGAGCCUCAAUUGCUUACUCAUUUACACUUGUAA